ACUCACCAUAGUUUCGCCAUUAAAUGAUGAGUGAGGACAUCGAUGUGUCUAAGCUGAAAGUACCAGAGUUGAGAGCCGAGCUAGGUAGGCGUGGUCUCAAUACUUUCGGGACAAAGCAAAUUUUAAUGGAUCGACUAAAUGAAGCUCUCAAAUCGGCAUCGCCUAAUCUUGACAAGAAACAACCGGCAGACUCUGAGGAACAACCCCACUUGGCGUCUACGAAUCUGUCGAGGCAACCGAGUCAAAACUCAGGACGUGAUGUACUGGAUUCAAGUCCUAACGCGUCCCCACAGCGUGGGUGUGAGAACGGGUUAGUAAAUGAAAAGGAUAGUAGUCCAGGUAAUCAACAUCAAAAACCAGACCAAGAGAACCUCAAGCGUAGGCGCUCACCAUCACACUCUCCCCGCCGUAGAUCUAGGUCUCGAGAUAGGGACUCUCGCAGGUCACCCCGUAGACGUUCCAGGUCUCCACAGGUCAAAUCAAAAAUGGUUCCGGAACCAGAUAAUUGGGAAGAAAGCGUAUCUGUCUUCUUAGAUACUUACAAUUGUGAUUUAAACCUCAUAAUCGAUGCUACCGGCUCUCAGGCAAAACCUCUGACAGAGGGUGGUUUCUCACUAAUGUGGGCUGGAGCAAGAGCAAAUUAUGGCUCAAUAUCUGGGAAGUCAUUUUUCGAAGUACGGGUAGUGAAAAAUCUCCCUGUUGAAAACUAUGACAGUUUGGUCGGCGGGUCAACUCACGUACUACGAGUUGGCUGGUCUACGGAAGACACCGAUUUCACUCUUGGCGAAGAGCCUCAGUCUUUUGGCUAUGGGGGUACGGGGAAAAAGUCUACAAACAACAAGUUUACUGACUAUGGUUGUACAUUCGGAGAAGGUGAUGUCGUUGGUGCUUUCAUCGAAUGGACAAAUGUUGAAGCUCUGUUAAGGUUUAGUGUUAAUGGUGUGGACCAAGGGGAGUGCUUCCGUGUUCAAAAGUCACAGUUAGGAGAACGUUGUGCUUUGUUCCCGCACGUCUACGUGAAGAACGUUGAGUUUGCCUGCAACUUCGGGCAAGAAAACCAGUCUCCUUGGUUUAGUCCUAAUAUCUCAUCUGAUGAUCCUUUAUCUUGGCAACAAAUAAAUUGUCUACCCCUAUCAUGUCGCGUACAUGGUCGCUGCCCACCUCAAUCAAAGUCUGAGUGUGAAGUGAUUAUGAUGGUAGGACUACCGGGAGCUGGAAAAACGUAUUUCGCUGAGCAACAGAGAACAGAGCAUCGUGAAAAGCAAUAUAAUAUACUAGGAACCAACCUUAUUUUAGAUAAGAUGAAAGUAAUGGGCAUCGCACGACAACGUAAUUAUCACGGGAGAUGGGAUGUUUUGAUUGACAAAUCAACGAAGUGUUUAAACACACUUAUCAGUAUGGCGUGUAUGCGCCGUCGUAAUUACAUUUUGGAUCAGACAAAUGUGUACCCGUCAGCACAGCGCCGUAAAAUGCGUCCAUUUGAAGGUUUCAAGCGAAAGGCCAUUGUUAUCGUUCCUACUGACGAAGAAUUCAGGCGGCGAAUUGCCCAACGGGAAAAAGAGGAGGGCAAAGAAGUGCCUGAAACUGCAGUUCUCGAGAUGAAAGCAAAUUUCGGGAUUCCUAGACCUGUAUCUGAAGAUCCCUCUAGCGUUUUUGAUGAGGUUAUCUUUACCGAACUUGGUCUGGAUGAUGUAAAAGUCCUAGUUGCUCAAUACAAUCAAGAAGGACAGGCAAACAGGCAACCACCGGAAAAGCGCCAACGUUGGGAUGGUGGGAACCGUGACCGGGAUGACUCACGUAAUUCACGUUUCCGCGGACGGGAUAGCCGAGAUCGUGGUCGUGACAUGCCACGUGGACGACGUGAUGAUUUUCGAAGCUCUCCAAACCGCCGGAAUGAUGAUCGUGGUCGCCGUGACUACAGUGAUUCCAGGCUUCUCAACAAUUUCUCUUUAUCUUUCAGAGGUGGUUACAAUGCCUCCCGUGAUCGUAGUCGUGAGGGAGAUCGCUUCGAUCGUAAUAGUGACCGAGAGUCGUUUGGUCGUCAGCCCAGUGGAAGGUAUGGUGGUGGUCCUCCUAGUGGUCGUUUCGGGGCUCCGAAUCGCGGACCGUUCCCAGGUGGGAUGUCUGGCCCGGGUGGUUUUGGAGGUUUCGACAGUUCUCGCGGUGGCAUGAUGAGGAGUAAUCCUGCAAGAGGCGGGUUCCCGGCACCGAAUUUUGAUUCGCGUGCUGGACGGGGUGCCUACCGUGGUUCUAUGGACCGGGUGAACCCAGGUUAUGGUGGACCAAAUGACCCAAUGUACAGUCGCUUUGAUGGCAAUACAGGUGAUGGAGAGCCAAUUGGCAACGCCUAUGAUAUGAACGAAGCCUCACUUUCUCAGCCGCCGUAUGAAGGUGGCCCAAUGAGUGGAGGCUUUAGAGGAGGGUACGGAAGUGGUGGCCGCGGUGUUCAAAUGCAGGGAUCUCGUGGAGCCCCCGGUCGUGGUGGAACGUCAAUGGGACGUGGAGCAAUCGCUCUAGGACGUGCAGCUAAUACUGACAGGGGUGUUGAUCGUAGUCAACUGGGCCGCAACGCACCCGUUUCCGGUCGUGGUGGUACUCAGCCUGAUCGCGACAUGAUUGGUGGAUUUUCCGAUGAUAGCCAACAGUAUAAUAUGUACGGUGGUGCGGAAGGUUAUCAAAACCCGGCUGAGGAGCAAUAUCCAGGGCCACCAAAUGAUGAUUAUCGGAACAGACGUUUUGGCGGACCAGGUCCUUACAACGCAAACGCAUUGCAAAAGCCUUCUGGUGGUAGUUAUUCUGCCUACCAAAGAGGCAAUCCCCCGUUCUCCGGUGGUCCAGCAGGAUAUCCAAAUGCACCUGGUGGUGGUUACAAUCGAGGGAAUCUCCCUUCAUAUGGGAAUCCUAAUUCUGCUUCUAGUUAUCCCAACUCAUAUACUGGUGAUCAAGGUAAUUUCACAAAUCCUGGCUCAGAUCCUUACAGUGGAGGUAUGGCAUCAGACAGAUCUGGGAGACCUGGAAUGCAACAAAAUUCAGGUGGUCCUUUUGGAGGAUCCCAUGCUUAUGGUACCAGUGAUCCUGAUAAAACAACCAUGUCACAGAAUGAACAUUCAAGUACAGAUAGUUCUAGUUUGUAUGCAUCUGGUGCUGCUCGCUAUUCCGACAAUCAUCCCUCUGCUACCAGUAUCCCUCCCGUUCCUAGACAGUCGCGUUUUGAUGCCAAACCAGAAACUAAUACUCCUUCCCAAACAAAUGCCUAUAACAGCUAUCCUUUGGGAUCCAGUUAUCCAGGCGGUUUUACUUCAAAUGGUAAUCAAAAAGCAGCUAUCCAACCAUCUAAUCCUCCCGGAGGUCCUAGAACUGGACGCAGUCGGUUCGAUGUUGGACCCCCUGCUUCCCAACCGAUCCCUCCAGCUGCCCCCGUACAGAGCACUACUUAUAACCCACCAUCACAGCCAGUUAAUCGACCACAACCUCAAGUACAACAAACUGCAACAUCUAUCCAGCAAGCUCAACCACAAAGUUACGGGUAUGGUUAUUCUACUCAGAAUACAAAACCUGAUGGAAGUAGUAAUGCAAGCGCCCCUCCCGUUAGUCAAUCUUAUGGUGCUUACAACUAUGGGUACGGAUAUGGUACAUACGGGUCGCAAACUGCUCAACCAUCUGCAACGGUUAGUCGAUGUGCACCCACUACUGGUACCACCCAACAGUCACUAUAUGCCUCAGCUGUUGCUGACAAACCUCAACUAACUCAACAGACAACCGCGCCAGCAGUUUCUUCCGCCGCCACUACUACUUCCACAUCUGACCAUUCGACACCGGCUGCAGCGGCUUAUGCCUCCUACUACUAUGGUGCUCCUCAAAGCGCUACAGGAAGUACUCAAGGAGCUGGGAAGUAUGAUGCAGCGAUGGUUGCUGCACAACAAUUUAAUGCUUGGCAACAACAGCAACAGCCUUCGGCUGUGUCGGGUAGCGUAUCCAGUAGCGUCCCAAGUGCUCCAACCGCAACAGUAACGCCACAGACACCAGCCGCAAAUCCUUAUGCAAGCUAUUACCCUGGGUAUUCUACUUACCCACCUGGAUAUGGUACUAUCCCAGUUGGCGGAGCUCCUCCAGGUGGGGUCCCAACUGCUGCCGCUCCGCCAGCAAUGAGUCAAUAUUACACCGGUUAUCGCUAAAAUUGAUUUAUGAACUUAAUUCCUCGUAAUACAUUUAGUUGAACUCUAAUUUGUUUCACAUUUCCAUUGUGCUAUCUUUUUGUCUCACUCGUCCUGUCCAUUAUGCACAAGUGUUACAAAUCAAUCAUUAAAAGUUUUUUAUUAUAUCAC